AUGGCUAUCACUCGCACCACCACCCUCACUGCGGUCCUCUGUGCCCUCAGCGGCGUUGCCCGCGGGCACAUGGUCAUGAACACGCCCACGCCGUACAACUACCACGGGGCCAGCAAGCUCGUACAAGUCAACCCUCUUGGCGAGUCCUUCCCCUUCCCCUGCCAAGGGGCCUUCGACGUCGUCUCCACCACGCAAAUCACGGCCGGCACCACGCAGCUCGUCAACUUCACCGGCGGCGCCCAGCACGGCGGCGGCUCGUGCCAGUUCGGCCUCACCUACGCCAACCCGCCGUCCACGGACAAGUCCAAGUUCAAGACGAUCUACACUCUAAUCGGCGGAUGCCCGGUCGACGCCGCGGGCAACCUGCCCGUGACCGGCACGGACCAGGACGGGCGCGCCGACUCGGUGCACUGCGGCAACGACUCCGGCAAGGAAUGCAUCCGCCAGUUCGAGAUCCCCAUCCCGAAAGAGCUGCCCAACGGCGACGCCACGUUUGUCUGGUCGUGGUUCAACGAGAUCGGCAACCGCGAGAUGUACAUGAACUGCGCGCCCGUCACCAUCACGGGCGGCAGCGGCGACGACACGUCGUUCCUCGAUGGGCUGGAGGACAUGUUCGUGGCCAAUAUCCCCGGGGAGUGCACCACCGGCCCCGGCAUCUUGAAUAUCCCCAACCCAGGUAAGUACGGGAAGGUGCUGAAGCAGCCGACGCCCGGCAGCGAGGGCAGCUGUCCCAAGGCGGCGGGCAUUCCGACGUUUGAGGGCGACAAUGGCAGUGGCAGUGGCAGUGGCAGUGGCAGUGGCAACGGUGGUGGGAGCGACUCGUCGGUUAUUAUUCGGCCGCCGUCGUCUUCCAGCACGUCUGCCACCUCUGCUCCUGCUGCUUCGAGUCCCGCCUCGGCUCAGCCCAACCCAGUUGAGACGUCCACUUCUGAUGAUGGCGGCGUUUCAUCAAAUGUUCGUUCCCCUCUUCCCACUGCAGCCCCCAUUCCCACUCCUACCGCUGGAUCUGACUCCGGUGUUGGCAUUGGCCGUCUGCCAUGCUCAGGUGAAGAAGGAUCCCUCGUUUGCUUCAGCCCAACUUCGUUCGGUCUCUGCGCCAACGGCAUGGCGAUCCCGCAGCCUGUGGCCCCCGGCACGACUUGCACCAAUGGCAAGAUUGUUCGCCGGGGACUUUGGAGCGCCAAGUUCACCACCGUGCUGAUGAACAGGCAUGGCGAUGAUGCAUUUUAA